GGAUUUUUAGUUUUGUGGUGAUUAUGUUGUUAAAGCUGGUUAGCGUGGAAAAAUGGCGCUUUGUUGUGCAAUAUCAAAUGAAGUACCGGAACAUCCUGUUCUUUCACCAUCUUCUGGAGCAAUUUUUGAAAAGAGAAUUAUCGAAAAAUAUAUCCAAGAAAAUGGGGUAGAUCCACUUACAGGCAAGCAAUUGGCGAUUGAAGAUUUAAUUGAAAUCAAAACCCCACCAAUUGUAAAACCUAAACCACCAAGCGCAACAAGUAUUCCAGCAACAUUAAAACUUCUUCAAGACGAAUGGGAUGCUGUAAUGUUAUACAGUUUUACUCAAAGACAACAAUUACAAACAGCUAGACAAGAAUUGAGCCAUGCGCUUUAUCAACAUGAUGCUGCCUGUAGAGUUAUUGCUAGAUUAAAUAAAGAGGUUAUGGCUGCCAGGGAAGCUUUGGCUACUUUAAAACCACAAGCUGGAAUUACUACAGUUCCACAGCCUGCUGUAGCUGCUGAAGCUGCUGGUGUAGCAAAUCAACCAACAGAACAAGCAGGAAUGAGUGCUGAAGUUAUACAAAAAUUACAAGAUAAAGCCACUGUAUUAACAUUGGAAAGAAAGAAAAGGGGACGAACAAUUCCUGAAGAAUUAACUACACAAGAGGAUUUAAGAUCGUUUAGGACACUAGCUUCACAUCCAAGUUUACAUUCAGCAUCAGUUCCUGGUAUCUUAGCUUUAGAUAUCCAUAGCUCUGAUACAAGUAAAAUACUAACAGGUGGAAAUGAUAGAAACGCGACAGUGUUUAAUAAAGACACCGAACAAGUCGUUGCCAUUUUAAAAGGUCACACUAAAAAAGUUACUAAAGUCAUUUAUCAUCCUGAUGAAGAUUUGGUGAUUACUGCAUCUCCAGAUUCGACAAUUCGAGUUUGGAAUGUACCUACAUCUCAAACAACUUUGAUGUUGAGAUGUCAUGAUGGCGCUAUCACUGGAUUGUCUUUACACCCCACCGGAGAUUAUGUUUUAUCAACUUCGGAUGACCAACAUUGGGCGUUUUCAGAUAUUCGUUCUGGAAGAUUACUUACUAAAGUAGCUGAUCAAACAAAUGUUGCUUUAACCACCGCUCAAUUCCAUCCUGAUGGACUUAUUUUUGGCACAGGAACUGCAGAUUCGCAAAUUAAAAUUUGGGAUUUAAAAGAACAGAGUAAUGUGGCUAAUUUUACAGGUCAUACUGGUGCUAUUACAUCAAUUUCAUUCUCUGAAAAUGGUUAUUAUUUAGCAACAGCUGCGGAUGAUGCGUGUAUAAAAUUGUGGGAUUUGAGAAAAUUGAAAAAUUUUAAGACAAUCCAGUUAGAUGAAGGUUAUCAGAUUAAAGAUCUUUGUUUUGAUCAAAGUGGAACUUAUUUAGCUGUAGCAGGAACUGAUAUAAGAAUUUAUCUUUGUAAACAAUGGCAAGAAUUAAAAGUGUUUAAUGAUCAUACAGCUGCUGCUACUGGAGUUAGAUUUGGUAAGCAUGCUCAUUAUAUAGCUUCAACUUCAAUGGACAGAACGUUAAAACUCUAUGGUCUUCAAUAGUAAUUUAAGUAAUUAAUAAUUUUUUUUUAAUAUAAAUUUUCAUUAAUUUUUUUUACAAAUGAAUUGGUGAUCAAUGUUUUUUGGUAAUCAAUUUGAUUCAUGUAAUUUGACGUAAAUAAAUUAAAAAAUAAUUAUGUA